AUGGCCACGCUGGCCUGCCGGGUGCAGUUCUUGGACGACACGGAUCCUUUCAACAGCACCAACUUCCCCGAGCCCAGCCGGCCGCCGCUGUUCACCUUCCGGGAGGACCUCGCGCUCGGCACCCAACUGGCCGGGGUACACCGGCUGCUGCGGGCGCCGCACAAGCUCGACGACUGCACACUGCAACUCUCCCACAAUGGCGCCUACCUGGAUUUGGAAGCGACACUGGCAGAGCAACGGGACGAGUUAGAAGGCUUCCAGGAUGACACUGGGAGGGUCAAGAAGAACAGCAUUAUCCUAAGGACACAGCUGUCAGUGAGGGUCCAUGCCUGCAUAGAAAAACUGUACAACUCCAGUGGACGAGAUUUAAGAAGGGCUCUUUUCUCUCUGAAGCAAAUAUUCCAGGAUGACAAGGAUCUGGUGCAUGAGUUCGUAGUGGCUGAAGGUCUGACGUGUUUGAUUAAAGUGGGAGCAGAGGCCGAUCAGAACUAUCAGAACUACAUCUUGAGGGCAUUGGGCCAGAUUAUGUUGUAUGUGGAUGGGAUGAAUGGAGUAAUAAACCACAGUGAAACUAUUCAAUGGCUGUACACGCUCAUUGGAUCAAAGUUCCGGCUGGUAGUGAAGACAGCCUUGAAGCUACUGCUUGUCUUUGUGGAGUAUUCGGAGUCGAAUGCACCUCUUUUAAUCGAGGCCGUCUCUGCUGUCGACACCAAAAGAGGAGUCAAACCUUGGUCAAAUAUAAUGGAAAUCCUGGAGGAAAAAGAUGGAGUCGACACCGAGUUGCUGGUUUACGCCAUGACUUUAGUGAACAAGACACUGUCAGGACUGCCAGAUCAAGACACCUUCUACGACGUGGUAGACUGUCUGGAGGAACUGGGGCUCGCGGCUGUGUCCCAGAGGCACUUGAACAAGAAAGGCACUGACCUGGACUUAGUGGAGCAGUUUAACAUUUAUGAGGUGGCACUCAGGCAUGAAGAUGGUGAUGAGACAGUCGAGCUGCCCCCCAGUGGGCGCCGGGACCGGAGGAGAGCCAGCGUGUGCGGCGGCAGCAGCAGCAGCAGCAGCAGCACUGAGCCCCGAGGCCUGGACCGCAGGCGCAGCCGCAGGCACUCGGUACAGAGCAUUAAGAGCACCCUGUCGGCUCCCACCAGCCCCUGCCCCCAGUCGGCUCCUGGCUUCAAGCCUGCAGAGAUUAGGGCUCUUGAGGAGGUGGAGGAGGAGGAAGAAGAAGAACAGCCAGUUACGGAGCCCAGUUCAGAGGAGGAGAGAGAGGACCCUGCUCCCUGUCAGGGCGAGGACAGUGAACCCAGCCUUGCCUCAGAGCAGAUUCCCACGGCAGAGGAUGCUGUUCCCAACAGGCCAACUGCCCCAGGCGAGGCCUCCGUGGAAAAACAGUUUCCAGUCAGCACUGCAGUGGGGGACCCAUCAGGCAGCGAAUCUUCAGGGCCUGAGUCUGCAGUCCCAUCUACUCAGCCUGUCCUGCUGCUGCCUCCAACCCCCUCCCCCAAGUCUACCUCCACCCGUACUGCAGCUGGUCCCCCAAAGGCAUCGCCGGCCAUAGAAAAGCUGCCGUAUGUGCCCCACAGCCCAUUUCACCUCUUCUCCUAUGACUUUGAGGAUUCUCCCUUAUCCACAAAAGCAAAGGAAACAGAGGCUCAGAAGGAAUACAGUUCCUCAGAUUCCGUCCAUUUGAACACAUACUCUUCCUCUGAGCCUUACAACUUCCAGUCUUUCUCUUCUAAUAGAUACAGCAACUUUGGCAACAGCUCGUACCACCCCUCAAAGUCUUCCUCAGGACCCAGUGUGCCCAUCACUCCCACGUCAUCUCUUUCACCCCCACAGGAGCCCCGGCUAGAAAGGUCAUCACCGAGCAGUCUUCUCACGUCCUCCUUCAGGCAGCACCAAGAGUCUUUGGCGGCGGAGAGAGAGCGAAGGCGGCAGGAGCGAGAAGAAAGGCUGCAGCGGAUAGAAAGGGAAGAAAGGAACAAGUUCAGCCGGGAGUAUUUAGACAAAAGGGAAGAGCAAAGACAAGCAAGAGAAGAAAGAUACAAAUACUUGGAGCAGUUGGCAGCCGAGGCACAUGAGAAGGAACAGAGGAGCCGGAGUGCUAGCCGGGGGAGAGCUGACCUCUCCUUGGACCUGACCUCGCCAGCAGCCCCUGCUUCUCCUGCCUCUCUGAGCCACAGCCCUUCAUCUCUCGAUGCACAAGAGGCUCUCACAGUACCAUCCUCCUCCUCGCCAGGAUCCCCUCAGCAUCCGCAAGCAAGUGCUGGGGAUCCUGAGCCCGAAACAGAGGCAGAACGGGAGACCGAAGUGGGGCAGGUUGCUGAUGAGACGAGCCAGAAAAUAACCCCCGUAGAAGCAGAGAGCGAAGCAGAGCAAGUGCUUGAGCAAGAGCCAGAAGAGCGAGCCUCCCUCAGUGAAAAAGAGCGGCAGAACGAGGAGGUGAACGAGAGGGACAACUGCUCCAGCAUCUCGUCCUCCAGCAGCACGUUGGAAAGGGAGGAGAAGGAGGACAAGGUCUCCAGGGACCGAGGAACUGGUUUGUGGUCCUCAGGCUCUCAGGAUGCCGGUGUAAAUGAGCAGUGUGGCGACAUCCUCACCAACAAACGCUUCAUGCUGGACAUGCUGUAUGCCCAUAACAGAAAGCCCGCAGAGGACGAGGAGAAGGCGGAGUGCGAGCCGGGGAGGACUGAGCAGGGGGCCGAGGCAGUAGCCAGCCUCGCGAGCAGGAUAUCCACCCUGCAGGCCCACUCUCAGGCCCAGGACGAGAGCGUCAGGAGGGCCGACAUUGACUCCCUGGACAAUCGGGGCAGCGUGAGAGCCUUUGCUGAGAAGUUCAACAGUGGGGACCUGGGGAAAGGAUCCGUGUCUCCCAGCGAUGAGCCCAGUGACAAGGCUCCUGAGAAAGGCCCAUCGCAGCCGAAGACAGAGUCUGACUACAUCUGGGACCAGCUCAUGGCCAAUCCACGGGAGCUCAGGAUCCAAGACAUGGAUUUCACUGACCUGGGGGAGGAAGAUGACAUCGAUGUCCUGGAUGUGGACCUGGGUCAUAGGGAGACCCCAGGGCCACCUCCCCCACCCCCACCCACCUUCCUAGGCUUGCCACCCCCACCCCCACCCCCUCUGUUGGACAGCGUGCCCCCACCUCCAGUCCCAGGUAAUUUAUUGGCUCCUCCACCAGUGUUCAACGCUCCUCAGGGCUUAGGGUGGCCCCAGGUCCCCAGGGGUCAGCCAGCAUUCACCAAGAAAAAGAAGACCAUCCGACUGUUCUGGAAUGAAGUGCGGCCCUUUGAGUGGCCGUGUAAGAACAACCGGCGCUGCCGAGAAUUCCUGUGGUCGAAACUGGAACCCAUUAAGGUGGACACUUCCAGGCUGGAGCACCUGUUUGAGUCUAAAUCCAAGGAACUGUCUGUCACCAAGAAAACGGCUGCAGAUGGAAAAAGGCAGGAGAUCAUUGUGCUGGACUCCAAGAGGAGCAAUGCUAUUAAUAUCGGUCUGACGGUCCUGCCCCCUCCGAGGACUAUAAAGAUAGCCAUCUUGAACUUCGAUGAGUACGCCUUAAACAAAGAAGGAAUCGAGAAAAUUCUAACCAUGAUUCCCACUGAAGAGGAGAAGCAGAAGAUCCAGGAAGCUCAGCUGGCCAACCCUGACGUGCCUCUGGGCAGCGCGGAGCAAUUCCUCCUCACACUCUCCUCUAUCAGUGAGCUCUCGGCUCGCCUCCAUCUCUGGGCCUUCAAAAUGGAUUAUGAAACUACAGAAAAGGAAGUGGCUGAACCACUUUUGGACCUGAAGGAGGGAAUAGACCAGUUGGAGAACAAUAAAACUUUGGGCUUUAUCCUGUCUACUCUCUUGGCCAUUGGGAAUUUCCUAAAUGGCACGAAUGCCAAAGCGUUUGAGUUGAGCUACCUCGAGAAGGUUCCAGAAGUCAAAGACACCGUGCACAAGCAGUCUCUGCUCCACCACGUGUGCACCAUGGUGGUGGAGAACUUUCCGGACAGCUCCGAUCUGUACUCGGAGAUCGGAGCCAUCACCAGGUCAGCCAAGGUUGACUUUGAUCAACUUCAGGAUAAUUUAUGUCAGAUGGAGAGAAGAUGCAAAGCUUCAUGGGAUCACCUCAAGGCAAUUGCAAAACAUGAAAUGAAACCAAUGUUAAAACAACGAAUGUCAGAGUUCUUAAAAGACUGUGCGGAGCGCAUUAUCAUUUUAAAAAUUGUUCACAGACGAAUAAUUAACAGAUUCCACUCCUUUUUGCUCUUCAUGGGCCACCCGCCCUACGCCAUUCGAGAGGUCAACAUAAACAAGUUCUGCAGGAUCAUCAGCGAGUUUGCACUGGAGUAUCGCACCACCAGGGAGAGGGUUUUGCAGCAGAAACAGAAGCGAGCCAACCACAGAGAGAGGAAUAAGACCAGGGGGAAGAUGAUCACCGAUACUGACGAAGAGGAUGAAGUUGAGUCUGGCAAGUUCCUGGGCAGUUCUCCGGCACCUUCAAGCCAAGCGCAGGGUCUGAGCUACGCUGAAGAUGCAGCCGAGCACGAGAAUAUGAAGGCUGUGCUGAAAACCUCGUCCCCCGCCACCGAGGACGCAGCCCCCGUGCUGGGGAUCCGCACGCGCAGCCGUGCAAGUCGAGGAUCCACUAGUUCGUGGACUAUGGGAAUUGAUGACUCACCCAAUGUCACAGAUGACACAGCUGAUGAGAUCAUGGACCUCAUUGUCAAGUCGGCCACUCAAGUGCCCAGUCAGCGCGUGGUGCCAAGGGAGAGGAAGCGAUCCCGGGCCAACAGGAAAUCUUUACGAAGGACCCUGAAGAGUGGCCUCACCCCUGAAGAAGCCAGAGCCUUGGGCCUGGUGGGCACCUCGGAGCUGCAGCUGUGA